UCCAAGCUUUGUUUAUUUACAAAAUAUUAUGGGCUAUUUUAAUUUUACUCUUUACCAUCGAAAUCAAUACAAUCAACUACAACCAUUAGAAGACCACCAACCUCAUAUUAAUCAAACUUUACCUCAACAAUUUGAAGAUGAACCUGGAGAAAUGGAAUAUGAUGAAAAUUAUCAUAUGGAGUUUGAUCAACAUGUUAAUUUAAAUGGAAAUGGAACAAUUUAUAUUUUUUAUUUUAUUAAAUAUUUGAGGGGAACAAAUAUUGAACAAGUAGCUUAUAGCGAAAAUCACACAAUAAUUCCAAAUCAGAGAAUUGUUUGUUUAGAACAGUCAAUAUUGCAUAGAUCUGUUGAUGAAGAUAUUAUUAGAAUAUUUCAAAACAGAACACAACCAUAUAAUAUUAACAAUUAAAAAUAAAAUAAUGUGAAAUUGUGUUUAAAGGAAAAUAAUUUUGAAAAUUUAUUAAAGUGAAGCAAUUAAAGAAUAAAUAAAUAAUAAAUAUUGUUGAAAUUAUGGGGAUAUGAAACCGAUCCAAUUUUAAUUCCAACCCAAGCCUUCAAUUCCUCUUAUCCUCUACAUCCGUCUUAAUCCUCACAAAUCCCCGGUUCUUCUCACAGAUCCCUCGAUAUCUCCGCAAAAUUUUUCUAAUUUCUGUAUAUCCUUCAUUUCUCCCCAAAUCCCUCAAUAUCUCUGUUAAUCUC